UGGGAUAUGUGAGGUCUAACCAUCUGAUUCCUGCAAUGAUGCUUUCAGAAACAUUAAGAUUUCUAACCCACAGUUUGGAGAAAACUGUCUUCUUACUGGGUUUGCUAACAGCUGGAUGUGGACAAGCUGAAUCCAACUGCACAAAUCGCAGAUGUCUGGCUGAAAUGUUGAUAGGGAAAAACUAUUCAACUCAACCACAGAAUGAAAACUGCACCCAAAUGAUAUACGUGCCUUUCAUUGAGUACCAGACUCUGUCAGUUGACACAAAGAAUCUCCGCCUAAUUAGUCGUCUGCAAGCAGUAAUUGAAUGGAGAGAUCCUGAGUUGGAAUGGGACACAUCAGUUUACAACUAUAAUGAAGUUGUCCUGCCAGUAGAUAAGGUCUGGACCCCAGAGAUCCAUGUAACAAAUGGAAUACUAACAACUAUGCAGCACAGCUCUCGUGAUCUGCUGGCAUUCAGUAAUGGCACCCUGAGGCACACUGUGAUCAUAAACGCUGAGGUGAACUGUGAAGUCAAUCUGUUUAACUAUCCCUUCGCUGCUGAUGAAUGUCCGGUCGCAAUCCAAACCUGGUCCGCUCGCGGAUGUGGUACAGAGCUGCUAUUGGGUGAUUUGAAGAUGGUCGAUAGUGACCAUGGAGACUGGAAAACUGACAAUGUGGCCCUCCAGAAAAUGAGAGAUGACCGGAAUUACAUCAUGGUGGCACUGAGCAUCAAAUAUAUCAACCCCUUCAUUACAUUACUGCUGCCCAGCAUUCUGAUCAUCUUGGCUGACAUUGUCAGCUUUGCCCUGCCACUGGGAGGUGGUGAACGCAACUCUUUCAAGGUCACCCUGGUGCUCAGCUUCACCAUGUUCCUCAUCAUCCUCAACGAUAAGCUCCCUGGAGACAGCCAGUGCAGCCCCAUCAUCCGAACCCACUUCUGUGUUUGUCUGGUGCUCUUGAUGUUGAGCAUGCUGGUGUCUUUGGUGCUGACACGGGUGGCAAAAGAUGGCAGCCUCAUUUUCUGCUGCUCAUCCAAAGGGCCAGGCACAAAAAACACAGGAAACAAGAAAGAGAAAGAGGGCGAGGCAGCCAAAGCUGACAUCAGUGUCGUUCAGGUGAAUGGUUCAGAGGAGGACAAGCAAAUGCUCAGAAAGGUGGUAAACUUCCUGGAAGCUUUUGACGCCAAGGAACUACAGAGUGAGAGAAAUCAGAAGUUUGCAAGCACAGUGGACAAAGCCUUUUUCUGGUUCUAUUUCUUUUUUGGCACUGUGUACUUCUGUGCCAUGACUUAUGUGAUGGUAAGGUAUACAUGUACAGUUAACCAUUUUGAUUUCUGGUACUAACACAAUUAGUUAACUGUGUGUUUUUGUGCGCUGAAAAAAACAAACCGCUAAAUUAAACUACUCAAUAAAUUCAACAACUUAAGUCAAAUUCAGAACACAAAUGCAAAAAUUCAAAUAUCGAUGCAAAUCUCAGCACACAUUUAUUAUAUUUGUUACACGUAUUAAACCUCACAUUCACUAUGUCAAAUAUUGUGGCGCUGAUUUGUGCAUGUAUGAUAACAAAUGUGUGUUAGCAUAUUCACACGAUUUAUGCAAUAUACAAAAUUAUUAUGAAGUAAGACAUUUGUACGCACAGCAAAACCUUAUUAAAUGUGAGGAGAAGACAUGGAGGGAUGUGUGGGAUACAGAACCAGCUGCACGCUGAUGUUCCUUUGUUGCCACCUAGUGGUUGAAUCAUUCACUGCAGACAAACUAGUGACCAACUGAGCUCCUUAUGGUUCAUUGACUUGGACCUAAUGACAUUUUAACCAGCAGGACCUCAGCUUGAGUUGAACAUUUCAUGACUCUCAUAAAAACAAAGCUGCUUAAAAGAUUAAGUUCAGCUAAUGAAUACACUUUUAGAUUUAAUAACAUAAUGUUAGAUUCAAUUGCAAAUAAAGUGAUAUUCUUAGUGUACAAGUUUAUCUGAACUAGUCACCAGGGACAU